GGAGACAGGGGAAUAGACAGACAGAAAGGAAGGGAGAGAGGGUGUGUAAGAAAAGAGUGAGAGGGAGAUAGAGAGAUAGAGACACAGGGAGAGGAGUGCAGGACGUGGAAAAGGUUCUUUUCGCAGCUUUGCAUUCUUUACAACAGACAUGCCCAACUUUGCUGGAAUCUGGAAGAUGAAAAGCAGUGAGAAUUUUGAUGAACUUCUCAAAGCACUGGGCGUGAACGCCAUGCUGAGGAAGGUGGCCGGGGCAGCAGCCGCCAAGCCCCACGUGGAGAUCCGCCAGGAUGGAGAACAGUUCUACAUCAAAACCUCCACCAGCGUUCGCACCACUGAGAUCAACUUCCACAUCGGUGAAGAGUUUGACGAGGAGACUGUGGACGGACGAAAAUGCAAGAGCCUGGCCACCUGGGAGACCGAGAACAAGAUCCACUGUAAGCAGACUCUGGUGGAGGGAGACGGACCCAAGACCUACUGGACCCGCGAGCUCAACGGGGACGAACUCAUCCUGAUAUUUGGGGCCAAUGAUGUUGUGUGCACGCGGAUCUACGUUCGGGAGUGAACCUUCACAUCAUCAUCAGGAUGGGACAGUACAUACAUGACAGAACCCCAUCUGGACACACCACCCCACAACCCUUUGUAGCCAGCUAGCUAGCUAAUGUUCACUGUAUUCUGUGUCAUCUCUGAGCAAACUCUACGUAGCCCCCACAUAUGGCAGCCAUGUUUGUCCGUGUCCUGUGUGAAACUGUUGGGUUUGUGGCAUUUGCUGUAUUAUUAGUCUGUCUAGAACCCCCCCCCCCCCGCUAGAUGCUCAGUCUUCGCAUCUGUCACCCUGCGGUCAUUUUGUUUGGGCAGAAUUUAAAAAUCAAUCAGGCCCUCAUGUUCAUUGACAAACAAUAAGAAAUAAA